AUGGUCGGUCGACCGCCAUCAGCCAUCCGACCGCAAUGUUCUGUGCGCUCUGCCGACAUUGUGCUAUUCGCGCAAUAUUUCGUGCAGGACUAUGACCCCACCAUUGAAGAUUCGUACACAAAGCAAUGUUUCGUCGACGAAGACCUUUUGGAGCGGGCCCUUCUGUUCCAGCGCGGGGGUCGCAUUUAUUUAUUGAUUUUCAUUCCUCUCGAUGGAAUCAAUCAGUGUCAGUUCCAACCGGAAAGUGCAUUAGCCGAUCGCAUUAACGUAGAC